AUCGAUAUAGUUGAUAUUAUUCAAAGACUAUUGAAUGAUAAACCAUUAGAAUUAUUAUUUCAAUCUAAUCAAAAGAAAUUCAUCUUCUAUCAUCUUGGCUCAUUUCUUAAACAGAAUAUCAUUCUAUCCAAUAUAACAACUAUACAUAAUAAUGAUAAUAAUCCUAUUGUAAAUGUUUCUAUCAUACUUUGUUUAUGGUCUAUAUGUUCCAUAGAUUAUUUAACUAAUGAAAAUGACCUAAUUAUUGG